UGCGACAUUGACAGUGAGUGGCGGUACUUUGAAAGGAUAACAUGUUCCAAGCCUAGGGACAUCGCGGUUUGGCUAAGUUGAACUCUGUGUACGCUAGUGAUGUUGAACAAAGGUGGAUUUACCCGUGAAACAUUCGGAAUAACUGGAUAAUUUUAAUUAAACUGCAUGAAGUAGCAACGAAAAACUGUGGAGUACAAACUGCAAGUUUCUAGCAAAAAGUUUAAUCGGUUUUUAGUAGCACACCCUGAAUGGCAGUGUUUGAUGUUUAUAUUUCUAAUUGUGAUAGCAAUGUCGAGGAUGGGAUUUGUUUUGACCACCAUCAGAACCAUGUGAAACUACCUGUAUGUACUUUAGCCGGUUCCACGCAAUCAUUGAUGGUCGGCAUGGGACGAUAGGGUCACUCGCCAAUGCGAACGCGAACUGCACUCUAUCGUGUCCACGUGUCAUCAAUUGCCUGCUGACUUAAUAUCUAUCAAAGUGGCAAAUAGGAGUUAACACGCGAUCGCAAACUCGAUAGUGUCAACUAAUAGCAAUUAUAAUCUCAUCGAAACAAGCAAUAAUUAAUUUGCAGUGCUGAAAACUGUGUAAAGUACUGAAGUUUUUAUAUGUGAAUUAAUCAGUUGUCAAAACUAGAAAGCUACGAAUGGAUGAUGGGUAUUUGUUUAGAUACAGACAAAAGCAACACCGUCCAGGAAGUGGAAGAAUCCGAUUGGAAAGGUGGCGGAAGAGGUGGCGAUUCUCGGUUGGCAAUCGUUGCGUCCCCGACGCUCAGCAACGCUCGGGGUGGAGGAAACAAUCGAGGCACGAUGCAAAACACCGGCAAGGUCAAAUUCGAUCCGCCCAAGGUACCGGUCAUCUUCAUACUCGGUGGCCCCGGUAGUGGCAAAGUGACCCACUGCGACACCCUGAUGCAGGAGCGCCGUGGAGUCACCCAUAUUAACAUGAUGGAUCUCCUGCAGCAGUACGCCAUCGGGAAUGCAGAUAUGCAGGACUUUUCCCAGCUUUCAUCACGUACUGUCACCGAGGUACUCAUGCUUGAAAUGAAAAUGUCACCAGCUGCCAAAACCUACCUUGUGUCCGGGUAUCCGCGAUCAAUGCGAGACGUCGUUGAGUAUUCCGAAAAGAUCCAGGUGAUCAACGGAGUAAUACUUAUUUCCUGGCGCCAAACAAUCCUUCAACGUCAAAUAGACUACGGUGCCAAGCUGGGCCAUGUGGUAUUGUCACUAGCCAAAAUGGAACUGGAAAAUUUUUUCAAGAAUGUUAUGCCAGUUGCCGACUAUUUUGACCAAAGUGACAUGCUGAUUGCAAUCAACGGCGAACGUGCACCAUCGGAAGUGUACAAAGACUUCCGAGCGGCCGUACUCGAUAUUCUUGGAGCGCAGGAAAAUCAGGAAGCACUGUUGAAUGGAGUUGCAGGUAUGGGUAGGGGCGUGGACGACAUUCCCGGCAGUAUAGUAAGCGUAGACACGGCACCUAGUCAACAUAAAGUCAUUGCAGCUGCUCCAGCACAUCAAGUAGAAAUCAAUAACCGAAAUCGAUCUCCGUCGCCACCUGUGCCGUCACUGGCGGUUGGACCUGGUGCUCCUUUGUUACGACAGCAAUCACGUAUUCAAUCGCCCCAGCAGACGAGCUCCAACAUGCUGAGCGUUCCAGAUAAAUCCGGUAAAAUUCCACCUAUUAUUUGGGUGAUUGGGGGGCCUGGCAGUAAUAAGGCGACACUCUGUCUAAAGGCUGUGGGGGUCAAUCCUGGAUGGGGACACUUUAGUGUUGGAAGGCUACUUAGAACUGCGGCAGACUCAGAUCCACGCUUGGGUACAAAUAAUUUUGCCGUUAAGGAAGCAAUAACAGCCGGUGAAAUGGUGCCCAAGCACUCUUUGGAACAGCUACUGGAGACUCAGUUGGCUCAGUUGAGUGACAAACGGGGAGUAAUUAUUGACGGUUUCCCUAGGGAUAUGGAUCAAGUAGCAUUUUUCGAAAAACAAUACAAUCAAAAACCGCCUAUUAUUUUGCUGGAUUGUUCGAAGUUGCAGCUUGGGCGGGGCAGAUUAGACGAUACGGUAUCUUCCUUUCGACGGCGGCUCGAACUGUUUCGCGAGCUAACACUUCCCAUGCUGAAGGAAAUGGACUCUGCUGGACGGUUAACCAUUGUUGAUGGAGACACCGACAGUCCAACGGUUCAGCGAGAGUUCGAGCGCAUCGUUCGCGACAACAUACAGAAAGUGUUGCAGCAAAAGGACGCCGAUGAUGAAAGCAUAACUCCGGUGAAAAUUGGCAGCUUCAAAAAUGCCAUACAGCAAAGUCGUCAGUCGGAUGAUACGGUCGUGCACGAUCUAGAUGCGGAUGUACCGGGGGUCGUCCCAACCAUCAGCCAUCACGUGAGUCUGGCGAAUGGACACAUUGGUGCGGUGGGUGUUCCGGCCGGUGCCAAAAAUGGAUUCAUUCCCAAUGGCCGGCCGAAUUUCCGUAACAUGUUGCAGGAGGCAGACAAUUUUGAUUCUCAUAUGUAAAUUAACGCAAUAGAAAUGUCGAGUUCAAACAUCUUCAAUACGUAGCAAAGAGUACAAAAAUAUAGUUUUUAUUCGAUUGGUUUUCAGUCCCGACAGAUGUUAUCAUUGUUUGAAUAUUAGCUUAGGUAUGGAAAACACAACAGAACAAAUUUAUUAUCAACCGCCAAGAAAAGGAAAACAAUAUACUAUGUUUUGUUGAAAUUUUAUUAGAGAUUAGUAUUAGGUUAUCUAGAAGGAAUCAUUAUAUCAUACCGUUUAUACCAAAAAAUUGUUAUGUCAGUAUAGCGUAACGUUCGAUUGCGUUGUAUUUUUAAUAUAUCUUAUACUAGAACGAUGAAAUAGUUCGAGUUGAAUCAAAUAGGCAGCUAUAGGGAUUCAACUCUACUUUUAGAUCACUUUAUCACCAAACCACAGAAAUAUAUCGUUAUAGUUGGAACAUUUUGAAU